AUGUUCUCAUCACUUUUUUGGGCGGCCCUCAUCCUCACGGCGCAAGCGGUAUCUAGGGGUGAAGUUAGCCUCUACGAAGAGUCUCUUUACCAAGGCCAGCGGCCCUGCGCGCGAAACUGCUUCGGACUCCUAUACUUAAACACCCCUGAUAAGAUGGGGUCCGCCCUGGGAUGCGACGUGCAAACCAUGAGGAACGACUGCUUCUGCCGAGCUGACCUGCAAACGUCUGCCCACUCCUGGCUGAGCAAGUGCGUGCCGACGUCCUGCGACUCCCCCAAUGUCGACAUCGCGAUCGCAACACAAGUGUACGACUCCUACUGCUCGCAAGCGUCGAGACCGCCGUCUGGCAAAGGCGUGCAACCCCGACAGACGGUCACUGCCAUGGUGGCGACGGGGCCUGCUGCAUCCGGCGCAUCGCCACGAUGGGAGCUCGUUGGGGUCUCGGUUGUCGCUACUUUGCUCCUUUUGCAGCUCAUGGAAUGCUGA